GAACGGAAAUGUGAUGGAUAAUCUUCUUGUCGUCCCCUCAUUGAUGGGGGGGAUGCGCAGAGCCGCAACUACUAUGUAGUACAUAAGCAGGUGAACUGACGUGUCUGUUUACGCAGCACGCUGCUGGACCACGGUAUGAACAUUCAAGGGGAAUGGCUGAACCCCCGCAGGCAAUCUGGGACGGCGUCCUGGGGGUUUUCGUGUAUUGGAUGGCCGAAGAAGGAAUGUUUGCUGCGCCCGACGGUACACGAUAUCCCAAAGAGCCAAAUGAGCGGUACGAGUACUCGGAAGAAUACCGCUAUUGGCUGCGGAUAAGAAGCAAUGAUGAGGAUGAGGAGGAGAGUGAGGAGGAUGAGGGAGAGGAAGAGGGGAGCGAGAUGACGCCUCAAGCUCAUGGCAGGGUUGAUAGUGGCACUGCAGAGCGUACGCUGAAGCUUCAUCAGAUACCUGUGUUAAACAUGGGACUUCCACUAACAUCAAUCCCCAGAAAUUCAUCCAACCUUUACCGCGGCACGAGCGACGACCUCGCCUACAUCCAGUGUCUUUCCACUUAGUGGUGCAGAAUCCAGCAAUUCCCGGUCCCCUCAACAAACACGCAGUUCAGGUCAAGAGCGAGUCGUAAGAGGAACAUUAGGAGAAUAUGAAAAUUCGGAUAACCGGUUCAGAGUCCGGAAUUCCAGCUUCUUUGUCCCCGG